GGACUGUAUUCAACCGAGCUUCAGACGCACCAAGAUCUGGACUCGGGACUCUGCUCCAAAACUCCAUCUCCGUAUUGGAUUUCUGUGAUUUUUUAUUUUAUUUUGAGAUUUUGAAGUAUUUUUUUUGAAUGCAGAAACGUAAUAGCGACGUUAUAACCAUGUGGAUCCCUACCCCGAGCCUGACCGUCCUGCAGCGGGUGAUCCUCUACGGGACUUGCGUUUUGGCUGUUUUGAAUUCCUUGGGUUUUUUGGUCGUUUUGGUGCAGCAAAACCAGCAGGCGGCGCAAUUGGAGAAAGCGGAUAUGAGAUUGACGAAUAUCGAGGAGAGUUCAGUUGUGGAGUUCUUACAGGAGGCGCCCAGAAGGGGUCCAGGGGGAGCGUUGGGGCAGCAUCGGUACAUGUAUUCGCGAAAUAAGCGUAGCGGUGGUGAAGAGGAGGAGGAGGGUGCAGAGGAUGGGGUAGAGGAGGACCAAAAUGGGGCAGAGGAGAUGGGGUACGAAGGGUCUGAGCAGGAAGUCAGUCAGGAGGUGGGCGAAGAGGCGCAGAUGAAGAACCCGAAUAAGAGGAAGCAGAAGUAUCACCAUGGUUACCACAAAGCUCACGUACAGGACGACAUGAUGAUGAUGAUGACCUACUCCAUGGUCCCGAUUAAGCUCUUGAUUGACAUUUGUAACAGCUCCAAGGGCGCCUGCAUCGCUGGACCUCCGGGACUCCCUGGUUUGCCUGGUACGAACGGGAUGCCCGGAAUUAACGGCACUGAUGGUAUCCCUGGCCUGAAUGGAACGCCCGGGGUGGAUGGGAAGAGAGGUAAAAGAGGGCCUCCAGGUGAGAAGGGUGACCCAGGAGAGAGAGGGGAGCCGGGGGAGCCGGGGGAGCCUGGUCCUCCCGGAGAGAGCGGCCCACCGUCCAACGACGUCAUCAUCGAAGGCCCCCCAGGCCCCCCAGGACCUCCCGGAGCUCCAGGUGCUGCUGGUCCCCCGGGUCCCCCAGGUCCUCAGGGUCCUCCGCGGAUCAGACACAACAGAGCCCACCUGCAGGCUGCACAGAUGCUGGUGCCGUUACAAGCCAACACCCCAAAUGACGGCACUGCUUUAAAAGACACGAUGAAGCUCCACGAGAAACCGGCCAAGAGAAAUGAGUGUCUGAUCAAGUCCCUGAUAAACCCCAGAGAGGUGUCCCAGACCGACAGCACGUUCGGGUCCUGGAUGAAGGACACGGCUCUGCUUCACAACGAGAAGAUCUGGGUCGCCGAACACUUCUCUGGUCGCGUGGUGAAGGAGUACCAAAGCCUCGGUGCGUUUCAGAAUGGCAGUUACACUCUUGUGGAUGUGAGAAAGUUCUUCCAGGGCUGUGGUCACGCUGUUCACAACGGCUCUCUGUACUACCACAUCGCUGGGACCCCCACCAUCGCCAGAUUCCACUUUGAAACACGAAGACUCCACAUUCUCCACAUCGACAACGCUCUGUACCACAACCUGGCCUAUCUGCUGCAAAACUCAAAGACCUACUUCAAAGUGGCGGCGGACGAGAACGGCAUGUGGCUCAUCUUCGCGUCCAGCGUUGAUGAUGUCAUAAUGGUGGGACAGCUGGACCAGAAGACCUUCUCCAUCACGUCCUACAUCAACACCACGUAUCCCAGAGCCAAAGCGGGGAACGCCUUCAUCGCGUGCGGUGUCUUGUACGUGACCGAUACUAAAGACAACAGAGUGUCUUUCGCGUUCGAUUUGUUAAAAGGGAAACCGGUGAAUGUGACCUUUGACCUGCGGCCUUCGGGAGGGGUCCUGGCCAUGUUGUCCUACAGUCCUAAAGAAAGACACCUGUACAUGUGGGACAAUGGGUAUGUGAGACUCUAUGUGGUUCACUUUAUAUCUGAUGAGUGACGAAAUCAACACCGAAAUCUGAAAAACUUCAAAUUGGUCGAGAUAAGUUUAAGGAUGAUGAUGUUCAAGGUCUGAUGUCACACAAAACUGACUCUUUUGAGCUUUAAGCCAUGUUAUAAUGUUGUUUCCUCGUCAAAAAAAUAUCUGGAGUUGUGUUUUGUUUCAUUCACACGUUUGAGUAACUCUUCAUUAUCAGUCUGUUACAUCUCCAAAGCUCAAAAUGCGACGUUCCACCUUGUGAUGUCAUGGUAGUUUUAUAAUUAACAGCUACUUUUUAACUUAAUUCAGAGAUGGACAAUUCCAGGGCUGAAAUGAUCCAAAUGAUUGUAGUGAGAGUCUAUGGAGUUUAAAAACACAGUGGAGCACUUCCUGUAUUACCACAUGAUGACAUCACAAGGUGGAACAGAGUAUUUUCAGCUUGAGAGAAGAAAUAAAGAAGCCUAAAUGUGCAGGGUUUAUGUGUUAAACAUGUGUGAAUGAAACAAAACACAGCUCUAGGUCUGUUUGUGAUGACGAAACAACAGAACAGAUCAGAAAAUAGUGCAACAUGGGACUUUUAAAGAUGCACUAUGUAACUUUUGUGGUACAGGGUCUGCCACCUUUCUCAUUCUCAUUUAUAGAUAUUAUUGCUUUGCCUUGAGUAUUCCACACUAUGGCAUUCGUCAGGGCAACUAGAUCAAACGAGAUCAGACAUAAAAACCUGUACACAGACAAGGCCGAGUUACAGGUCAGAUCUGUGGAGAAGCGAUCCCGCUCAUGGCAAUGUUUUUGUAGAUUCUGUGUUAAUAAAACAUCUCCAAUAAAAAAAAAAAGAGCAUGGUUUAAUGCCACACUGUGGAACAUUCCUGGCAAACUAAUUUCUCUUCAGAAACGCAGACGGCACACCCAUAAUCAAAAAGUUACAUGGUGGAACUUUACGAUACCACGCUACCAUGGUGUGGUAUCCUCCUCAAAAACAACAGUUGUGUUAAAGGAUUUUCCAGUUUCCAGCAAAAAGGGCUUAUAGUUUUAAAAAAGCAAGAAAAAUCCAUCAUACAGUUUAAGGUUUCCUCAGCAUCCUCAGAGUGAUCACGUGAUGUUGCUGUGAUGUGGAGACAGGACGACAGCGCCAUCUGCAGUCGGAUGUUUACUCCAUCCAAGUACAAACAAACGUCACUGGGACAGAGGACAACAUUGUCGCUGGAUUAAGAAGGCGAAACAUGCCGCCGGUACUUUAAACCUGGACGAGGGGGCUUAUCUCCUCUCACACACCUGGGAUACUGUCCUAAAGAAGUCGGACUGCAGGUGGCGCUGUUGUCCUGCCUCCACCAGUAGAAAGAUAGCGCCAAAACCUGUUUAAAUCAGCUGACCGGACACGCUGCAGUAACAUCACAUGACCACUCUGAGGCGCUAGUGAGCUGUCGAAACUGUCAGGGAUGAAAACAAACUAAACUUUGGUCUGGAAAAAUAAUCCAUUAAAAUAAUUUCUUCUUUAGCCAUUUGGUUUAAUGCUAAUGACGCUAGGCUAAGUGGACGACUGGCUGGUUAUUUUAUGUGUAUGUUCUAAUCUGUGUUUACAGUAAGUGUAGGGUGA